AGUUGCCACGUCGGUGAACACUCUGAGCGGGGACUCGGUGGCGUGUCCGCCGCGGGUUUUAUAGGCAGCGUCCUCUCACGUGUGCUGAUAAACUACCUGGUGACAGAUGGGUGCUUCUAAAAAAUCCUGAUCCACCAGAUCACUGAAACUGAGUUUGGUCAUUUAGAAAACAUGAAGCUCAAGGAGAUUGAGAGGACAGCCAUUCAGUCCUGGAGUCCUGCUUCUCACCAUCCACUCUAUUUGGCUACAGGUACCUCAGCUCAACAGUUGGAUGCUACCUUUAGCACAAGUGCUGCGCUGGAGAUCUAUGAGCUCGAUUUUUCAGAUCCUUCACUGGAUGCAAAAUUGCGAGGGAGCUUACCUGCUACCAGUAGAUUUCACAAGCUGAUCUGGAGUAACUAUGGCACAAGCUCCAAUGGAGUCAUAGCAGCAGGUGGAGAUACAGGAACCAUCACCCUUUACAAUGCAGAGCAGAUUCUUGAAUUGGGAAGUGAUCCCAUCAUUGGACAAAGUGAGAAGCAUGCAGGUCCUGUUCGAGGACUGGAUUUUAAUCCUUUCCAGAAUAAUCUAAUGGCUUCUGGAGCUAAUGAUUCUGAAAUUUAUAUUUGGGAUUUAAAUAAUUUCAACACACCAAUGACACCAGGAGCAAAGUCCCAGCAAAGAGAGCCUUCUGAGGAUAUCAGCUGUGUAGCCUGGAAUCGACAGGUGCAGCACAUCCUGGCUUCAGCCCAUCCAAGUGGCAGAGCUGUGGUAUGGGAUCUAAGAAAGAAUGAACCUAUCAUCAAAGUCAGUGAUCACAGCAGCAGAAUGCGUUGUUCUGGAAUGGCCUGGAACCCUGAAGUUGCAACUCAACUUGUUCUUGCAUCAGAAGAUGAUCGAAUGCCUAUACUGCAGAUAUGGGACUUGAGGUUUGCCACGUCUCCCCUCAAGGUGUUGGAGAAUCAUACCAGGGGUAUUCUUUCCAUAUCGUGGUGUCAAGCCGAUGCAGAGUUGCUCCUAAGCAGUGCAAAAGACAAUAGGAUCUUAUGCUGGAAUCCCAACACUGGAGAGGUGGUCUACGAGCUGCCAACAAGCAGUCAGUGGUGUUUUGAUGUCCAGUGGUGCCCGCGGAACCCAGCAGUCCUCUCAGCUGCUUCCUUUGAUGGACGAAUCAGUGUUUAUUCUGUCAUGGGAGGGAGUCUGGAAGCACAGAAACAAAGCCAUGUUGAUAAAAUUUCUUCCUCAUUCAACAAUCUGGACCCAUUUGGAACAGGGCAGACUCUUUCUCUUCUAGAUAUCCCACAGAAAUCCGUUCCACCCACAGUGGUGCUUCCUUUGAAAAAACCCCCCAAAUGGAUCCGUCGACCUGUGGGAGCAUCAUUUGCUUUUGGAGGGAAGCUGAUCACUUUUUCCAACCCGAAAGCGUCUCCACCACAGAUACAGCAACCUGUUGCGCGUCAAGUGUUUGUCAGUGUGGUUACUACAGAGACAGAGUUUUUGCACCGUUCCAACGAACUCCAGACAGCUCUCCGGUCAGAGGCUUUUGUUCAGUAUUGUCAGUCUAAGAUUAAUACUGCUCCUACAGAUUUUGACAAGAACAUCUGGAACUUCUUAAAGGUAAACUUUGAACAAGACCCUCGGACAAAAUACUUGAAUUUGCUUGGCUACAGUAAGGAAGGAUUGGAUAAGCAGAUCGCCUCGGCUCUAGGUAACAGUGCACGAUUGAAAAGUCUAGAAGUGGAAGCUAAUGAACGAGUACAGAAGACGCCAGGUGUCUCUAGUCAGAGUUCGAGCUCUGAGGAGUCUGUAGCUGCGGGGGAUGCCUCAACAACUUCUGACUUCUUUGACAAUAUUCCAGGGGAAAGACCUCUCUUUGAAAUCCCUGUCACAGGAGAUACUGAGGGGUUGAUCAGCCAAGCCUUGCUAAUAGGGAACUUUGAAGGUGCUGUUGAACUUUGUCUAAAAGAUGACCAUUUCGCUGAUGCCAUCAUUCUCGCUAUAGCUGGAGGAGAAGAGCUUCUUGCUCAAACACAGAACCGAUAUUUUGCAAAAAGGAAGACAAAAAUUUCACGGCUCGUGUCCUCUGUAGUCACCCACAACUGGAGGGAUAUUGUUGAAUCCUGUGACUUAGAUAAUUGGAAAGAAGCUUUGGCUGCUCUCUUAACUUACGCCAAACCUGAGGUGUUCCCUUUACUAUGUGAUACCCUAGGAUCCCGUCUAGAAAUGGAGAAUGAGGGAAAGCUAUGCAUACAGGCAUGUCUUUGCUACAUCUGCUCCGGAAAUGUUGAGAAACUGGUAGAAUGUUGGGUUAAAACUCAUGAAAGCUCGACUCCACUUGCACUCGAGGACCUCGUGGAAAAGAUUAUGAUCUUACAAAAAGCAAUUGAGUUACUCCAGGGCACAGACAUGGCUGCAGAGGGCCCAGUCUUUGCAAAGAAACUCACGCAGUAUGCCAGCUUACUGGCCGCACAAGGAAGUUUGGAAGCAGCAAUGAGCUACCUCCCGACAACUUCAAAUCAGUUUACAGUUCUCCAGCUCCGUGAUCGGCUAUUCCAUGCUCAGGGAGAAGCUAUGGCAGGUCAACAGCCUCCCACAUUUCCCUUUAAUCAUGUUGUAACGAAAAGUACACGUCCAACUUCCACUCCUGCACCCACUCCAGCUCGACAAACACCACCACAAAGACCAAUACAGCAACCCGCCCAGCAGACUCAGUUUCAGACCUUUAGUUCUCAGACCCCAAUCUGUCCGUCAGCUCCAACAGUAUUCACUCCCCAGCCUACCCCAGUUGCACCUCCAUCUGCCAUCCCUGUUCAAGGCAUUUCUGGGAGUACCACCAACAUCUACUCCAAACCAGGAGCAACUCGUCCCACCUACCCACAGCAUCCUACCACAACCACUGCACCAGCCUUUUCACAGUUCCAGAAUUUUGGACAGCCAAAGGUUCCUCCAAGUGGACUCCCAGCCUAUCCUCUUCAGAAUCCUUUGCCAGGUUCAGGGUUGACUGGCCCAUCUCUACCUACAGCCUCUCUGAGUGGUCCAACAAUUCCUGGUGUCUACAUGCCAGGGCCAUCGCUAAUGACCCCUGCCUCUAUGCCAUCCUAUCCAUCGUCUAAUACACUGCCACCCAGCCACACAGUACAACCUGGGCCACUGCCAACUUACCCAUCUCACCAUUAUCAACCCCAACCUCCUACAUCUCUACCAGGCAUUCAGUCCACCUUCCCUCACCCCUCUGGAACAGGAGUCCCUGGAGCUCCGUCCUCCAAGCAGUUCACAUCUGCGGCAGUUCCUCCUCCUCCUCAAACAGGAUUCCUUCCAUGGCUACAAAACCGCUCUUGUGCAUCAGGGUUCCAGGAUGGAUGGAAUGACCCCCCGGCAGUACGAGCAGGGCAAAGGAAGAAAAUGCUACCUGACAACUAUACUCCUCCAGCUCCCAUUACUGCUCCUGUUGUGAAUUUCCCUGCAGAUGUCCAACAGCUUCCACCCCAGGGCUUUACGCCUCAGGAAAUCAGUCAAGGACCUCCAGGGGCACCAAAGGAGGCCAAUUUACAGCCACUACAGCAGCUGCCCACAGAGAAGAUUGUGAAAAAACAAAUCCCAGAAGAGCACAUGGUGUUGAAGACGACCUUUGAUGGUCUGGUACAGCGAUGCCUUUUAGCUGCUGGUGACCCUCAAACUAAGAGGAAGUUGGAUGAUGCUGCAAAGCGCCUGGAAUACCUGUAUGAUAAAUUGCGGGAGCAGACGCUUUCUCCUCACAUUCUGGGUGGACUGCAUGAAAUUGUGCGGAACAUCGAAGGAUGCAAUUACCAGCAAGCGUUGAUGGUUCACACGCACGUUGUGAGCAGCAGCAAUUUUAGCGAGAUCUCUGCCUUUAUGCCGGUCCUGAAAGUGGUUGUCACGAUCGCAAACAAACUCAACAUCUGACGAAUCUGCAGCUGCAGGUUUCAGACAAUAUUUGAGGAUAAGGAAACUUGGGAUUUUUGGAUUGUUUGCUUUUCUUUCUCCUUCAGUGUUUUGAUUCGUUGAAUAUGAGGAAAGUGUUAACGUUUGCAAUAUUUAGUGAAAGUUCAGCUUUUGUAUCUGUGAAAUGCACCAUAUUGGGUUCUUGGCUUUUAAAUAAGCUGAACUAGGUUGAAUCUGGUUCAUUUCUAGCGUUACAGUUCUCUUUGGAAAGUUCUCUAAUAAACACCCAUUAAGGAGGUCCGGGCUAGAAAUUCCUGAAUUGUAGUUGCUUUGUGAAAAGCAUAAGCUACUUAUUCACUGAAAGUUAAUUUGGACAUGACAAGAACAAGGCAUCACUAAAGCUCUGGGUAAGGGGCACAAUUUCUCCCCCCUACGUUCAUUGCUGUCCAACAUAUAGUUACAGUUUGACCAGUAUUUGCUACAUGCCGGUUAAAUAGUGCUGCUAUCAAUAGCAGGGAUAGCUAUAGAAGUUGUACAGUCAAGUAAAUUGGCUUAAUUUGAAAUCGACACCAAUGAUUUUUGAAUCGGCCAGAUGGGAAAUGAUGGAGAAGUAGCAUGGACCUCCAUUCCAAUUCCAUACUUCAGAGUCAUUGGAGAGUACAAGCUUAUAGGUGUAUAAGGCUACCACAAAACGUUUCAGGUCAAAGGUACCAAAUUUAGGAAGACAAAUCUAUCCUUUUAGAUAGUCUUGAAAAGCUUGAGCAAAUUACUUUUUUUAUUUUAACAGAAAAGCAUUACCUUUUUGUAUUCUCGGUCAAGUUUAUACUCAAAUCGUGGGUCUGUGUCAGCUGAAAGGUAGAAACCUAUGAAAUGCCGCACUACUCAUUCAGAGAAUUCAGCCUCACCAUCAUCAUGAAGGCGAUUUUGGUAAUCUGGUUACAAAGGUGACCAUGGUACUGGCAUUGUAGAUAUUUGGCUGCCAGCUUCAAUUAUGGAACCAUAAAAGUGGCACAACAAUGGUGAGCUGAGUUUUUUUUUAAAACACAGACCGCGUUAGAAAUCUUUGCAAGUGCCAGGACACUUUAAGGUCUAAUUCUUUGCACUCGUGUUUUGCACCAUUGAGAGACUUGGUUUCUCUCUCUGUUGCCCACUGUUGUCCUGAAAGAUCUCAAGGGAUUCUACUUUAAACAAAAUAGCCAUCAGUUGGACAAAGUUUGUCCUGUGAAAAUGUUCUAGUUAUUUGUGAUAUCAGUGUAAGCAGCUUUUUAUGAUUGCACAAAGAACCCAGUUACUGUGUCUCAAAGGCACUCCGAUGCAUAAAUGCUGCAUUGUCUGCACAGAUAUUUAUGAACUUAUUGCCACAAUAGCAUAUUUUUUCAUUCAAUAUUGUGUAUAUGGAAAAAAAAAUAAAGUUUUCAAUUGAAA